CUCUCUCUCUCUCUCUCUCACACACACACACACACACACACACACACACACACACACACACACACACACACACACUCUCUCCUCGGUUUUUCACAUCUUCGAUUCUUUUAUUUUAUUUUUAAGAUACCAUAUAAUCGAAGCGCUCUUAUGAUAACUUUAAAUUUCAGAUCUUUGUUAAUUUUUCAUCUUCAGUGCAAUGCGUUUCUAAUUUUUCUCUUCGCCGUUUAUUCGUCGGUACGAUUUCUGCCUUAUGACGUCACCUAGUUGCCAGGUAACCGACAAUCAGUUAGUUAUAACGAUCGGCAUCAGAUCUGAUAUGAAUUUCGCAAGUGGGUUCGAUGUUUUAUUUUGAACAAUUUUAAACGCGCUUAUCGAAGAAAAAUGUCGAAUGCGAUGUACGACGAGCUCUGGAGGGAGGCCCAGUCGUUGCUCGUGGAGACGAUCCAGGCAGAUACGGUGCUCCAGGGCGCGAAGCCGCAAAAGGAUCGUAAGAAGUCGCACGAUGUCGUUUCGGCCUUGUACGUUCGGUACAUCCUCAUUUGCAAUAAACUCGAACAGUGUUACGAUCAAAUAAUACAACCGCAGAAACGUCUGCUACUCCAGAGAUCAUUGAAUGCAACUCUGGGCAGGGUGUUGGAGCUUAAGCACGAUCUGGUCAAUAUCGAUCUAUCGGAGCACAACUAUUACGAUGACGUGUUGCUUGAGUGCGGUGUAACACCGCAGGAAGCCGAGAUCCAGAUACCGAAGUAUUAUAGACGCGAGCGUGCCGAAGAAAUCGCGGAGAGACGGAGAUUCAUCGAGGAUACGCUCCGAAAUCUGGGCGUGCUUCACGAGGCCGUCGUGCCGAAAAGAAUCACCGAGUCGCAGGCUAUACGACUUAUUCAGGCGCAUGAACGAGCAAGACAAGGUAGAAUGCGAUAUCAAUUUAUGAAAGAAAUCCGUAAGAUGAAAGAAAGAUCGAUUACUAAACCAGAAGUCACUGACGAGGAUGAAGCGAGCGAAAAGCUCGCAGCGCUGAAAAUUCAGAAGGUAUGGAAAGGAUAUAUCACUAGAUGCCAUGUUCGCAAGAGACGCCUCGAGGAGAUGCUGUUGAUAGGAAUGCUGCAGCCUAGUCAAACAAUCACGGAAAAUGCUAGACGAGCAGAGAAGCUGAAGCAGCAGAGAUACGAAAAGCAAUUGGAUUUUCAACAACAAUACCAGGAUCUGAUACUGGAGGCGAAAGAGAGAAUUCGCAACGAGAAGAGCGCUGUCAUGGAAGAAAAUAUCAGGAGUGAAAUUCGAAAUUGGAUCGACACUUACUUUCAACAAACUGGGAAAAUACCCGAUUUACCGUCUGCCGAAAGCGGUGGUUCACGCAUGAUUUUCAGCAGACAGGGAACCGAAAGUACCGUGAGCAAAUCAACGGCAGUAUCAUCAAAAGAAUCGAAGAAAUCGAAACGCUCGAAAUCGAAAAAAGAUAGCGAAACGGAGCAAUCGGAGGAUGAAACGGAUCUAGGAUUCAAAUCAAUCCCUUCCAACUUUCUUCCAGAAUUGAUUCACGCAAAUCAGGAGUAUCAGGACGUCUGGAGGGACAAGGAUGAAUCCGCGAAUCCAAUGCAACUCCCUUAUCGCGACAUGAUAGAAGCGGAGAAGACGAAGGAAGUGGAGAAUGAAGUCAGAGUAGUUGUGGACCAGGCAAUGAGAGGCGACAUAGAGGCUCUUCAGGCUGCGUUAGACAGGGACAAAGGAUUCAAGGGAAAACGUGCGAAGAAACCACAGAAACGUGUUCGCAGGAGCGGAAAGAAAAAUAAGAGAAAGAAAGAAAAAGAUCUGACGCCCGAUAGAACGACUGAAUCUCUUUUCGAGGAGCUUCUCAUGCAGGGUAUUAUUAAGCUUCACCCCGAGGUUUUUCUGGACGAAUUUAAAGGCGAAAAGUCGUUCAUAAACUAUGAUCUUCGUAUGAAAGAGAAAGAUCCUCUUCCGGCGCUCGGUGAUAUAAGGCAAUUAAUUGCUGAAUACUGCAUACUUCCGCUGGGCAAUCAAGUCCUAAGAGAAUUCACACCACUUGUACGAUCUGUUCUCAUAGCCGGUCCGCACGGUAGCGGCAAAAAGUUUCUGGUGAACGCGAUCUGUACGGAACUCGGAGCUACGCUCUUCGAUAUCACACCAGCAAAUAUAGCUGGCAAAUAUCCCGGCAAAUCGGGAUUGAUCAUGCUUGUUCAUUUAAUUUCGAAGGUAUCACGAUUGCUGCAGCCGUCAGUGAUCUUCAUGGAUGACGCAGAAAAGCCAUUUGUGAAAAAAGUACCAAAAACAGAUAAGACCGAUCCAAAACGAUUAAGAAAAGAUUUACCGAAACUGGUCAAGAGUAUCACGGGUGAGGAUAGAGUUCUGCUUAUCGGGACAUCCAGUAAACCUUGGGAUGGCGAUCAAAAACUUUUGUAUCAGACUUACGACAAAGUUAUUUACAUUCCUAGACCGGAUUAUGGUACUGUGUCUCUCAUAUGGAAGGAUUUAUUGUACAAAUACUCUGGAAUUAAUCGUCAAUUUGAUACAUCAGCUAUGGCUAAAGCGUGCGAUGGUUUCACAGUCGGCACUAUUUUAGCAACGAUUGAUGAGGUGAUGACUACAAAACGUAUGGUACAACUACGAACUCAUCCUUUGACACAUGCCGAGUUGGUGAAUGCGUUGAGUUUUAAGGAUCCAGUGUAUCGUGAAGAGGAAGACGCAUUUCUAGCCUGGUUUUUCAAAACGCCAAUCUGUCGACGGAAACAAAAAGCUUUGGAAUUGGAACUUGAGAAAUUAAACGAAGCCAAUGAAUCGCAAAAAAAGAAGGGAGGAAAAUAAUGGAUAUAAAUCUAGUGAUAAGCACAACUUUAACUCGCUUCGUCAUCAUUUACAAAGUGAUAUCUACGGUGCUAAACAGGAUGCUUCUUGCUUGGACGAUGCCACACAAAGGUCUUGUUAAGCUCGACGAUUAGUUAUCUCGUGCACUUUCUUCGGCGUUAAAAUUAGGCUGUCGCUUUAAUUGAUUCUAUUGUUAUAUUAGAAAAAAAGCUCGUUGUGAGUACAAAAUUGCUUUACGCUACUCGACAAAAUUUAAUUUUUCUUUUUGUAUAUAUGAACUCUAAUAGUCCUUUAAACUCAAGAAUGACAAAUAAAAUAAUAUGAUUUCUAGAUUUUAAAUGUAACAUAUUACAAGAUUAAAGAAGGAGAGAGAUUAUAAUUGACAAUGAUAUAUUAACACAGAUAAAUAAAUAUAAAAUAUUGUAGAUAAUUUAGAAAAAAAAAUAAAGUGUCUCAAAUCUUGUAAAAAAAAUUCCCUGAUCGUGUAGGUAUUUUUGUUCA